CUUUCUCUAAAAUCUAGAGAGAGAGAAAAUAAUCUCCCGCCGGCGCCGGCGGCGUACCUAUCUCCCUCUCAUGAGCUCUCGAGUGGUUUUGGGGUUCUAUUGCUGGGGCUGGGAAUUCCUCACCGCCCUCCUCCUCUUCUCCUCCCCUCUCUUUUAAAGCUAUACUUUUUAAUUAAUAAUUACUUAUUUUCUGUUGUUAAUUAAUUAAUUAUGGAUAAUAAUAUUAAUAAUAAUAGUUUAGUAGUAGAAUAUGUAAGGAAAACAUCUCCGGCGCCGUUCCUGAUGAAGACUUAUAAUCUGGUUGAAGAUCCGGCGACUGACGGCGUUAUAUCGUGGAACGCAGAAGGGACGGCGUUCGUCGUGUGGCAGCCGGCGGAGUUUGCUCGGGAUCUCCUACCCACCUUCUUCAAGCACUGCAACUUUUCCAGCUUUGUUAGACAGCUCAAUACUUAUGGUUUCAAAAAGGUGGUGACAACUCGAUGGGAAUUCAGCAACGAUAAUUUCCAAAAAGGCAAGAAAGACCUAUUAUGCAAGAUUCGUCGUAGAAAAGCGUGGAGAAAUAAGUCUCAACAAUCACCACUACAACAAGCAACUACUCCAUCGCCCAAAUAUACCGACGAAGAUCAAAGAUCAUCAUCAUCCACUUCGUCAUCCUCUGAAUACAAUAUCCUUAUAGAUGAGAACAAACGAUUGAAGAUGGAAAACGGGACUCUGAGCUCUGAGCUCUCUAACAUGAAGAGGAAAUGCAAGGAGCUUCUCGAUCUGGUCGCACUGAAAGCGAACGGAUCAGAAGAAGAAGAAGAAAAAGAAGAUAAGAGGCCGAAGCUUUUUGGAGUAAGAUUGAGUGGUCCGAGCGAUGGAGAUAGAAAAAGGGCGAGGAAUGCGGUCGAAAGCAUUUUCUUCUCUCAAACUUGCAAAUAGUGCAUGCAUGAGAAGCUAGGGAUGAGCUGCUUAAAAUCAAGCAGGCAAUUGGCUAUGGAUUAUAUAAUAUAUAAUGAUAUGAUCAUCUUUUUGUAUGCUUAUAUAAAACUACAAUAUUUGGUUGGCUUGAAAAUAGUAUUAUGUACUUGUAAACAACUUGAUUCUUAUUAAUAAUACAGUCCCUAAGUUACUUGU